AUGGGGAUAGCCUAUUGUGGGAGUCUUGAAACAAUCAUUGCGAGUUCAAGUUUUUUUUCCCAAAUUGUUGAGGAGAAUGUCAGUAUAUUAAAGGGUUCUCUAGAUAUCCUAACCAUUAAAUCCCGAUACAAUCCAUCUACACCAGGCACAGCACCGUACAACCCAUCUACAUCAGACACAGCACCAUACAACCCAUCUGCACCAGACACAACACCAGACACGGUACCAUACAACCCAUCGACACCAGACACGGCACCAUACAACCCAUCAACACCAGGCAAGGCACCAUACAACCCAUCUACACCAGACACAGCACCAUACAGCUCAUCUUUACCAGACACAGCACCAUACAACCCAUAUCAACCAAACACAUUUCCUGCAUCAACUCAUCCAAAUAUAUUCAAGUUACUCAAAUUAUUCAGCGUGAAAAUACUGCAAAAUGAACUAUACCGAAUUCCUAGAAUGUAA